AACAAUACCUUAACGACGAACCGAAAAUAAUCAAAGUACCAAAAAUCCAAAAUGGUUUGAAGUUGCUAGAAGAGAACGCGCAACAUAAGCACUGCGACGAAUGUCAAAUGACGGCCGUCGUCAUCGUCGUCUGACAUUCGAGGGUGGGGGAGUGUGAAUUGGUUCGGUUGACUGAUUUGAAUAUAUGCAAAUUUAGCGUCGCGGUCGCGGCCAUCACAGGAAUCACCGGAGGAGAAUCGCAGCAGCAACUUGAUCAGUUAGUGAGUGAGCGAAUUAAAGCAAAGUUUACCAACCAGCAAAGUAAAGUUGACGGGUAAAUAAACCAACAAACACAACUUCUUUGGAGAACGUCGUCGUGGUCGUCGGGUUUGUGUGCUAUCGCACAAAAUAUGAGAAGAAAAUCUCCGUGACAAGUUGAUGACAUAAUCGGACGGAAUUUCUUCCCGCACGUAAGUUCCGAAAAAGUCGUCAAGAGUACAGGAAAAGGAAGAGCGGGAAGCUGGUCGAACAAGUUUAUUUUGGUGGUGCGGAGGAUCAAACCGCGCGACAUGGAAAGUGCAAGUGUAAAUUCGUUGAUCAAAAUGAUGCAAUAUACGAGUGGGAAAACGGCUGUUGUCAGAGUGGAUAAUUGAUAAGCGACGCGAAGGUGCAGAAGCAGACGGAAAAGGAUACAAACACGUAAUCGGAUUUAAAUUCAACUUUUGUGGAUCGGUUUGAGAAACGAGAAAAUGUUCGCUCCAAGGAAUUCAUCGCCGCUGCACAUCUACAACAGCGACGAGGUCGCAGCGUAUCAGAUCAAACUAAAGAAGAUCCUCGGUUUGACAGUAUGCAGCAACGCAGGCUUGGACGUCUCGUCGUCGACAGGUGUUUUGGCCUAUCCGGCUGGAUGCACCGUGGUCCUGUUCAACUCCAAAAAGCUCACACAGUCAUUUCUGCUCAACACGGCCAAGAAGGCCAUAACAGCGGUAGCGUACUCGCAGUGCGGCCGGUACCUGGCCACCGGUGAGUGCGGACACAACCCAUCCAUCAAGGUGUGGGAGCUGGACGUCAAUGGGAAUGGCAGCUACGAAAACGGUGCCGCUGGCAAUAUCGUGGCGGAGUUCUCCGGCCACAAGUACGCAGUCAGUUGCGUUGCAUUCUCACCGACGGGCAAGUAUCUUGUUUCGGUGGGCUCACAGCACGACAACAUUGUGAACGUGUUCGAUUGGAAGGCUAAUUUGAAGAUUGCCUCCAACAAGGUUACGGCCAAGGUCGUUGCUGUGAGCUUUAGCCAGGAUGGGAAUUACUUUGUGACGGUGGGGAACAGACACGUCAAGUACUGGUACUUGGAAGGUAGCCGGAAGUACAAGGAACCGAUCCCGUUGAUGGGAAGGAGUGCGAUAUUGGGGGAACUGCGGAAUAAUGAUUUCUGCGCGGUGGCUUGCGGGAAAGGGGAAAUGUCGGAUAGCACAUACGCCAUUACGAGGAACGGGCAUCUGGUGGAGUUCAAUUCCAGGCGGUUGCUGGACAAAUGGGUCAUGUGCAGGACCAAUGCGGCCAACUGUUUAGUCACCAGUACAAAGUAUAUCCUAGUGGGAUGCGCCGAAGCCAUUAUCAGAGUAUUCAACGCAGAGACCUUGGAAUACAUCACCACCCUGCCGCGGACGCAUUUCCUGGGAGUGGACGUGGCACAGGGUCUCCACAUCAAUCACAUGAUGACAACUCCACAGAAUGCCAAGUAUCCGGACACGAUCGCGAUCGUGUACGAUGAAAGCCGAUGUAAGGUGACGAGCGUCUACAACGAUCAUAGUUUGUACAUUUGGGAUUUGCGGGAUAUUCGACGGGUGGGUAAAAGUAAUUCAUUCCUGUACCACUCGGCGUGCAUCUGGGGUGUGGAAACUGUGCCAUUUAGCUAUCUGAAGAACAAUGUAUCGGAUACGCUGCCAUCGGAUAGCUUCCUGACGUGUUCAUCGGAUGACACUAUUCGGGUGUGGGACAUCGAGAACGGCGAAAGCACCGAACUCUACCGGAAGAACAUCUACAGCAAAGAGCUGAUGAAGGUGAUCUAUAUCGAUGAGGAGCUGAACCAUAUCAAGGAUGUGGACAAUCCGAUUCACAAUACGGAGAAAAGCUCCAGCUACGACGGAAGGAACGGAGUACGAUGCAUCAAGAUUAAUCCGGACAACAGUCAGUUGGCUACCGGGGAUAGGAGCGGUAACAUUAGGAUCUACAAUCUCAAUAAUCUCAAACUUAUCACAACGAUCGAAGCGCACGAUUCGGAAGUGCUGUGCCUGGAGUACACCAACGAAAAGAUCGAACGAAAGCUGCUGGCCAGUGCUAGUCGGGACAGGUUGAUUCACAUCUUCGACUGCGAGGCCGGUUACAGGAUCCUGCAGACGUUGGACGACCAUUCGAGCAGUAUUACCUCGGUACGGUUCAUCGGAUCGGGCAAGCAGUUCCAGAUGGUGUCCUGUGGUGCCGACAAAUCCAUCAUCUUCCGAAACUUCCAGAACAAUGUCUUUCUGCGGGGCAACAACUGCUCUGGUAAAAAUACGCUUUACGAUAUGGAAGUCGAUAGUAACUAUAAGCACAUCUUGACAGCGUGUCAGGAUCGGAAUAUCCGAGUCUACAGCACACAGAAUGCCAAACAUACCAAGACCUUCAAAGGUUCACAUUCGGACGAAGGAAGUCUGAUCAAGGUUAGUUUGGAUCUGAGUGGCAUCUAUAUUGCGACUUCCUGCACGGACAAGACUCUCAGCGUUUACGAUUAUUACUCCAACGAAUGCAUGGCCCGCAUGUACGGGCAUAGCGAGCUGGUGACUGGGUUGAAGUUCACCAACGAUUGCAAGCAUCUGAUUUCCGCUAGCGGAGAUGGUUGCGUCUUUGUAUGGCAGGUUCCACAUGACAUGAUAGUAACGAUGCAAGCUCGUCUUUCUCAGCAAGCGCUUCGAUCCGGUCAUCAACCAAUUCCGCGCCCAUUAUCCAAUCCAUUCACUGAUGCCAUCCUAGAUCAUUCUCCGCCACAUACCGAACAGUUUGGAUCACCUCCAAACAAUCUCUUCAUAGAGGACGCUCCAGUGACGCCGGGCUAUCGAUUUUCCGACGUCGGACAGUUGCCUCAAUGGGCCAAACGGAAGCCUACGGAAGAUCAGUCCAAUUCACCCGUUCUCGGUAGUAGUCCCAGCCAGAGCCAGAACUUUGGCGGUCCUCCAAAACCGCGAGGACGUUGGGGUCAGAAGGGACAGUUCGAUGAAGCAUUGGAUCUACGCAACAUCGUCGAUAGCCCAUUGAACACCACCUACAGCAGCGACAAAACUGCAUUGCAUCAUGCGAAUAAUAACAACACUCCAACUUCCGGAUACAACAGCGGCAGCUCCAAAGACGUCUACAGCAACGCCUAUCUGAGCGAAGAUAGUUCGAUCGACAGUGGCCGGGAAAACCGACGAGAUAUCACAUUCCUGCAGCAUAAGAAGAUCUCCGAGACGAAGGCGCUGAAUUCGCUCAAUUCGGAGUCGAAUACGGAGCACGAUGGGGACGUGGAGGACAUUUCCGAUGGUGAACGGACCAGUUCCGAGCAUGGAAUGGUGUACUACCCGACGGCGGCGCCGUCCACGCCAACAGAUUUCAAAAUCAACGAGAUCGAUGUUAACGAGCUGCGAAAAUCGGUCCGACGGCAAAAGCUGGAGAAGCAAGGUUUGAGCACCGCUGUUCAGCUGCAGAUGCAGAGCGCUGCCUCCACCGGAACCGGGACCGGUACGUCGGACGACGAAGACGAAGGAUCGACCCCGAGUGGAGACAACGCGGACCGAUCGCUCGCGUCCACUUUGGGAGGAAGCUCCGAAAGUAUACCACAGCAGACAUCGUCGACCUUCCUGCAGGCCGCCCUCGACGGACCGGCCAGCCUUUCGGACAAGGAACGAGUUCAAAGCCGCAAGAGCAUCAGCGCGAUGCACAACAACGAUGCCAAAAUCACGACCAGCAUCUCCAAAUCGUACGCCAACAACAAAAAGGAAGAACUGAUGAAAGUUAUCAACGAGGCCAAAGCAAAGCUGGAAAAUGGGAUUCUAAUUCAUAGUAAGCGUGACGUUAAAUAUUCAUUAAAUCUAGUUCAUUCUAAGGUUGGCUACCGAUCCGGCCUGCGCGCUAGUCAGAGCAUAUCCGAUCUAAGUCACUCGAUGAGUCCCGCCGGCGGUGGCGCCGGUAUCGGUCGAAUGCAGAGGAUAGGUGACCCAUAUUACCAUCGUAAUCAUCCUCCACCUCCAGUGCCAAGUAGUCACCAUAAUUAUUUGAACUGUGCAGCCUCCCGGUCCCGUCUUGUUCAGAACUGCGCUAUGAUCAAUCAAUUCCAACAAGAACUCCCACCGUAUCCAAAGAACCUCGGAAUCUACUCCAAACCGGACGACGGAGAUGAAAGCAGUGAGGAGGAAAACACGCUGGUUCGACCGGACAAACUAGAGCUUCCAGAACUUCCGCCGGUGCCGGCGGAUAAACUCCGGAAACAUCCGGGAAUAUUGAAGAACUACAAAUCUUGUCCGGUAUCUCCCGUUCACGAAGAACAGGAGUGGAGUAUUAUAUCCUCUGUCAAUCAGGACGCAGAAUCAGGUCCGUCGAACGAAGGAACUGCCCGCCGUUCUCAUCGGCAGGGCCGCCAUUCUAUGUACUACGAAGAUGCCAAAUCGAUUCUGGAUAUGAUCCAUUCGGAUACGGAGAAGAUGAUCCAGGAAAUCACCAGCAAGUACGGUGAUCUGGACGACCUGGAACCUCCUAAACCUUCUCAGGAACCACAACCCGCGAUCUCAGCGGAUCGUGGUGAACCCAAACGGUUGGAAAGAGUUAACAAAGCGCUGGAAGGCCUAAAGAACACCGCUCGGAAAGAGCGACAUGAACAUGGAUUCCUCUCCGAGGAUGACCCCAAUUUUAGCUCCGAUUCGUUAGAAGACUGUAGUCUAGAUUUAGACGUGGGUAAGACUGAACACGGUAGAAGUAAACGAAAUAUGUGUGCCAAACAUCAGAAACCUUCUCGACCGAUGGGCUCACUGCCAAAACGAUCCGUUUCGGAUUACUUUAUCUAUGAUAGCUUCCAACCGGCACCGUACCGCAAUGUAUCGCUCUCCGACAUACUGGACGAGGAUAAGCGAACUGCUGACAACCGCUUCCUAGAGACUCAGCGUCACUCCAGUGCUAGCUUUUUCCUUGGGCAGCAGUACCCGGACCGGAAAAGCCAGGAGAGCAUCCUAUCGGACGACUUCGGCAGCGGCGGAGUCAGCUACUGCAACAGCAUGGAGAGUAUCCUCUCGGAUGACUCCGAAUGCAAAUCUGCUCCAUUGGAAGUGCUCUUCGAACGGAUCAAACGCGAACGCAACUACAGCAGUAACUACGAGUACAAACUUGAAGCCGGUUGCAACUCAAAGUCCUACGGAUCAAGUCCGAACGCCGGUAGUGGAUUCGAUUACUUCAUGCAGGGUGACUAUUUCAAUCAGGAUACUCCGGAAAGUUACGCCCUCGAAAACAUUGAAGCCAGCCGACGGAUUGCCGAAACUCGAUCACCUCAGCACAAACGCCAGGGCAUUCCCGGUAUGCCGACUUCGAUCAGCUACCCUCGGUUUAUAUCAAGUUCAGCAAUGGCUGCCUCCUGCAUUGCUGAACAAGACUCAGAGGAAGACUUUAUUCCUUCGUUGACUUCAAAAGCCGCCCAGUACGGAGGAGCAACCGUGAAAAGCCUUAGUAAGGACUUUGCCAAUCAGCGGAAGCAAAUGAACUCCAAUCCGCUGUACAACUGCGAAGGUAAUGAACUAUUUGUUCGGAAGACGGUAAACGCGACGAACCAGGUUACCCGAUCCGACAUCUUCGGUACCGAGUCGUCCGUGUACGUGAUGAAGAAGUCGUGUAGUUUUGAAAUCGAAAUGGGUGGUCGGAGGAUUGCAAGGAAUUCAAAAAAAUUCGAGCAGAAUUUGCAGCGUUUCGAGCAGGAACGGCAACAGUCGGACCGAUAUCAGCCUGGUGGGACGUUGGAGAUGGAUUAUGUUCCGCAUAAACCACCGGUAGCUCACCGACGAUCGUCCAGCAUGAAGGGUCGCGGUAGGGUGCGGUCCAAGGAAAAGUUCAACACCAUCAUCGGACAGAUUGCGGCUUCGGGGUUCGAAGACAACAAGCUACGGGAUUUUGUGAACAAAGACUACAUGCCAAAGGAUCUGUGCGUGCCGGGUUCUUCUCGAGGUAAGAAUAAAGACGGGAGUGAGGAGAAGUCAUUUGAAAUCUACGUCGCCGAGAAGGGAGUAUGCGAAGACGAUAACAUGGAUAGUUUGGAACUACUGUCCAAGCAGGAUUUGCGCAGCAGAGACCACUCCGUAGACUCGCUGGAUAGUACUCAUCAAGCACACCAGGAAGGCAAAGAACCCCCGGUUAAGGGUAGAACCGAAUUGGAAAAGUUAAUCGACUUCAGUCUGAUGUCAUCGGCUGAAUACAGCAAAUUCCUGGACAUCGAAAAGAAGAUCGACAUCAUCAACAAGCUGGUUGAGAUGGAGGAGCGUAAACUGGAGCAGGGACGGCAGGCGAAGGAAAGCCGAAUGAAACCGUUCGAGUGCGAUUCUCGCCAGAAAGGCUACGUCAAGAGUUUGACCGAGAACUUCGACAAGCUGGCUAAGGACGCGCAGGAGGAGUUGGAAAACGAGAAGAGCUGGCACAUGGCCGUACGGGCCAAGAUGAAGCGGAACUUCAGCUUGCCGGACGUGCUGGAGGGAGCGAAGUUUCAGUCGUUCGAUUUUGACGAUGUCUUCAAGCAGAAGGACGAGGAUGAACUGUCGGAAAAGGACGAGCACUCGCUGGGAUAUGUGGAUGGUGAAGGCGGUAAUCCCCGAAGCUUAAUCUCUGCGCAAGAUAGUGAUGAGUCAACGAUUAGACGUGCUUGCUCGCUUAGUGAUUUGAGUAUGGGAAAAGCCACUAAUUACAAACCAGUGCCUAGCAGUCGUGGUAUAAUCCAGCAACGGACUGCCCCGAAGCGAAGCACAUCAUCGGUUGGCAAAGGUGGUGCUUCCCUGGCGUCCGGUAUGGGAGUGCGGAGCGUGUCCGUUGGAAUGUUGAAUCAAGCGAGCGACUCGGAACCCGAACCGACAACCCGGGGAGGGCUCUUGAAACCGACCAUCAGUUCCCAGAACAAAAUGAAUGGAACCAACAGCGUAGGACUAGGAGGAGGUGGUGGAAAGUACGUGAACCCCCGCAGUGCAGCUGGUAUCAUCAAUCGACGGAAGGGAUUGCAGAGCGCCUACAGUAGUGUGAACAUCGCGUCGGCCGCCCAGGAUGAAUCCAGCUCGGAAGAAUCGCCCACCAGUACGGUAAGUACGGUGAUGACCAAGCCGGCAGUUCCGCCCCGACCACGAAGCAUCGCCCUAGAGCACAAACGGAUAGCGAACGUGAAUGCCAGUCUGAAUGCGAAGAAAGCCCCCAGCACCAACAUGGAGAUGGAGACUAUGAUCAAGGAUGGCGAUUUGGAUAAUGCCGACUUAACCAACCAACUGUGCUCUAACAUCAUCAACCAAUUGGUACAAACGACGACGUCGGUGAUUCAGCUGCACCAGCGGCUAAAGUCCAACGAUGAAUCCGGUGGCGGAAGCGGAAGGAACAAUUCACUCAUGAUCAAGGAACUGGAGAAUGCGGUCAUCAUGACGCAGAACAUGCUGACGAAAGUUACGAACAGGAACAUCGGUGGCGACAGCAUCAACCUUAACAACAGCACCAGUAUGUACGAAAAAUGCAACGACAUUCUGAAUCAGGUGCAGAAGCACGUGAACAACAACGGCUGAAUUUCGGCAAAAGUAACAGCAGCAGCAGCAGCAACAGCAAUAUCUACGACUCGUAACUGCCCAGGAUACACUCUUCUAAAAUAUCACACUAACUGUGUAACAUUCUUCCAACAACAUUUUUCCCGUUUAUUCGUACAUUUUUCCAGUCUAGGUCUAGGUUUAAGAACAAGGAACAAUGAAAGUUACAAGUGUCGUGUGGUUGUUUGUCCGAAAUUGUGAAUGUGAUUUUAGAUUCUUUUCAAGCAGGAUUCCCGGAGGAUAGAACAGACAAUUAAUCAGAUCAGCUUUAAACAAACCCACAGAAAGCUGCAUGUGUGAAUUGUGAAACUUUAAUAAACACUCAAGCGCUGAAAGUUUUCUUAACAAGGGAAAUCAAAGGAAUUGGGUGUGAUUACGAGAACAAAUAUGCUGUUGAAAAAAUUAAACGUUGCGUCCAGUUUAGUUGAUAGUUGAUUAGGUUUUAUCCAGUUUCUUAGGAACAAUAACGAUUAGAUUAGGUUGCGGUUUUUCCUCAAUAGUUGAGAGGAAAAUUCUGUUCGAUGAAGGAAGACAAAAAGCCAUAUCUAGAUUUGUUAGUUGAACGUUGAGUAGAAUCCUUCUUUUCCGUUAUGCCGUUAUCAGAGAUGAUAUAGGUCAAUGUCGUUUUUAGCGCGCUUUCAGCUUUUUUAAUCUAAAUUAUUAACGAUUACUAGUUAGUAGGGAGUACAGUUAUUUUAGUUACAUUAGGUUUAUUAAUUCUAGUGGGGACGGAAUGGGUUGCAGAGUUGAAGCAAGGCCAUGUCCAUUUUUCUGACGGCCAAAGGGUCCACCCGAUUUUGGAUGGGAAUCGUUUAGCUUGAGGAUGUUCCCUUUUUACAAGUUAAUGAAAUUAAUGUUUGAACAUACUAGCUGUACAGUGUAGGUUCUAAUCUAUUGGAAAACAACUCGUUUAACAAGUUUCUAGUACUUUUGAAUGGUAACAUAUGGAAUAACCACUUAAUACUUAUUAAAUCAUAUUGAUUUAUCCUACUAAUUAAUAGGCAAAGUUUUAAGAGCAACCAGAACAGGAUAUACACUCUUUCCGAUACCUACUCGAAAUCCAGCAUGUCUUUCUGUGUUUUGUUUCCAUUCAGAGCCAAUAAUUUUAUUUAGAAAAUAUGAAAAUCAGUUUUUUUAUUUCUAAAAAAAAUAUUGCAAUGUUCUAAACAAAAUCACAGAAACCUCAGAAGAAAAUCAAUUCUACAAAACAAGGUUCAACACAGUCAAAAAAAAAACAGUGAUUUCAUCAUAGAUACAAACUUUGCUUUCCACCACUCACCUCAAAGUUCAUCGUAACACUUUGUAUACUCACCUUAAAUAAUGUUGAAACAUUGGAAACAGAAUGGAAGUAAGACACUCACCACAAAACUACCUUGUCAUGCAGCAAACUAACUAACUAAACUAAUAAUCGGUAAGCAAGGCAAACAAACAAUCGAAGGCUAUUAAUAACAAACAAACAAACAUCUUUGACAACAAAGCAACAAAUCAACCUUACUUAGCUUUUAAACUGUUAAGCUUUAGUUAACCUUUUCAGAGAAGCACUAGUAGAGCGAACAUCAUUGAAAAUUAACACAACAAACAAAAACUAAAACUUAAGAAAUGAGACAGAACAACGCUUAUGAAUCCAUUCAAAUGGACUUACUAUAGGAGGUAAACCGGUGGAAUUGGUGAGGAAUUUAUCCCGAACAUAUGCCAACACACAACAAGUGAAGAAGCCACGCACGUAAAAGUUGAUGAUGGAUUUUGAAACAUGUAGAAUUAUUUCCUCUUUUUUGUACGAUCAUAGUAGGAGGUAAACGUGGGAAGGCAGCGAAAUGCAACUUACACUACUAUUAAACUACUCUCAACACAAUGCAUUGGAAGAAACUAAUUCGAGGGAAACGAGAAGAAGAAGAAAAUAUAUUUAAAAAGUCAUAUUUUAAAAACCAAAUAAAACCGUAGGCGUUUGUUCUUUUUCCCUGCUUUGAGUCUCUAGUUAACAGAUGCUUCCAUACAAUAACCAAUUCUAACACCCAAUUUGCUUUCUUUUCUGUACAAACACUAGAGCGCUGCUUGGUACGAGGGGCACAUCUCUGCUUCCCAAGUGUUGCUAGGCUUAGGAGGGCAGAUGAUCGUGAAGAAGAAGAAGAUGAAG